AGUGUCAGACUUUCAUCAUCUCUCUAUCAGGAGGAUGACACAUUUCAGGAUAUCCUCAGUUAACUGGCUCGUGUUGUAUCUUGUGUUUUCUGAGGAUCCCAGUGGAUGCUACUCGAACACUGUUGCUUCAGUUUGGCAGCUGCCACCACCAAGCAUCAGUCUCCUGCAGGCCAUCAGAGACAAUCAAAGCCUCUGCGUGAGCUUGCAGCUAAACCACAGCAGCUUAGAGGGCAAUGUUUACGAGAUCCAGAUCGGUCGCACCGAAAACCACACCGUUAUUUACAAUGGAAAUAUAAGUAUCCUUUCCACUGAUUCACAUAAUUACACAUGGACAUGGACCUCUGAUCUGCCUCUUGAGUGUGUUGAUCACUCAGUCAGGAUAAGACUUUUAGACAAUCAGUCUGUCCUGAGUCCCUGGAGCAACUGGAAAACAAACUAUGGAGACCAGGCAAAGGGAAGGACCAAGAUUUUCCCCUUCCAGAGGGUGCUGAGAGAGGGAACUAGAGCCGUGAUCUGCUGUGUUCCACCAAAAGGAGUCAAUAUUACCAGCAUUUCCAUCAAUAACAGAGAACAGCCUCUUAUCAGCAUUGGCGCCAUAGUCAAGGCUGUCACUAUAGAAAGCCUGGCCAUCCAAACAACAUUCAUCAAUGCUCUGUCGGUCAAUUGCAGUGAUGACUCAGGAAACAGCAGGUUCAUCUGGAACUACGUGAGCUCUCCUCCCAAGAAGCCCAGAAACAUCAGUUGCAUGACCUCAGACAUGACAACUGUCACUUGCACCUGGGAGUCAGACCACGAACGUGAGGUGGAUGAUCACAACAAGAAAACACACACACUGAAAAUACAGAAUUCAGACCACUUUCAAAUCCUCUGCAAGCAGACCUCUUGUACGUUCCCAGCUGUCCCCCACCUAGAGGAAUACAGCAUCAUUGUUGUGGUGAAGGACCGGCUGGGAGAGGAGAUGGAGAGCUACAGCUUUAAUAUCUCUGAAAGAGUGUUUCCUGUUGUGGAAUGCGACAGAGUGAGACCCAAAGUGACAGACACUGCUGUGUCCUGGCUCGUGAAAGGAAACUUGUCUCACAUGAACUUCCUCUGUCACGUCACUACAGAUUUUCACAGCACAACUGAAAUGAGAUGCCAAAGUGUGAGUGGGUUCUGCACUGUCAAAGUGGAACAUCUGCUUCCAAAUACCCGCUACUCUACCAGGAUACGCUGCUCUGCUGAUGGCAAACUCUGGGGGGAAUGGACUCAGCCUGUAGCCUUCAUAACUUUUCCUUUGGUGACCUUGGAUGUUUGGAGGAGCAUAAAGCAGCUGCCUGAUUCAAACAGUCGCCAAGUGACUCUAUUGUGGACUCCAUAUGUUCCUGGCUCAGCAGUCACAGUUAACAUCCAAAGCUACAUCGUUCAGUGGUCCCAAGAAGGCAAAAAGCAAACUGAGUGGAAGGACAGCGGACAGAGGCAGGCAGAGGUGUCCAUAGGACCAGGACAGUGUGACUUCACUGUUCAGGCUGUUAUCCAGAGCAAUUCCUCUGUCCCUGCUCACAUCACAGUCCUGCAGAGGGAUGACCAAAAAAACCCCCCUGCAGAGAAGAGGUUGAGCUGCAGCACAUCAGCUGGUUUUAAUCUAUCCUGGGAGCUUCAUGAAACUGCCCCCUGUGGAUACACUGUGGACUGGUGCAUUGAGGGAAAUGCAGUGCUUUGUGCUCUGCAAUGGGUGAAAGUGUCGCAGGGAAACAACACAUUGUUCCUCCCUGCGAGACAUUUCAAAGCAGGUUGCAGGUAUACAUUUAAUAUCUAUGGAUGCAGAGAAAACAUGCACCAACUACUGGAAGUACAGACUGGAUAUUUACAAGAGCACAAAUCUGUACCAUCCCCAAGUCUGGUUAAACCUGUUCAGAGCACUUCUUCAUCUGUGACACUGGAGUGGCGUUACAACGAGGAUGAUGCGGCUCAUCCGGCAUUCAUCACUGGUUACCUUGUCACAGUGGAGGAAGUAGGAUCUGAUACGCUGUCAGGACAUGCUGCAGAUCUGAUCAACGUGUCAGUGGCAGACCCUCACAGGAAGUCUGUGACCGUAGAGGGCCUGCAGCAGAACCAUGAGUACGCUUUCUCUGUGUGCGCUCUCACUAAAGAAGGGCCUGGACAAGCAGCAAGCAUCACAGUCAGGACCAAAGCUAACUAUACUGCUCACAUGGUCAAGAUUGUGACCCCUGUCUUGUUACUUCUGGGCUGCACCAUCCUCCUGUGGCCUCAAAGAAAAACGCUGCAGAGUGGGCUGAAGGGGAUAUUUGUUUAUCCUGCUGGUAUGAACAUCAAAAUUCCUCAGUUAGCCAGCUUCCUGCAGGAGACUGGUGAUCGACUGCAGUCUGAGAAACCAGAGGAGUGCACAAGCUGUAACAUUGAGAUCCUGAAUACCAGACCUUUUCUGACUGAAACAACACAGGGAGAUCCCGAGGACCUGAACACAUCGCCUUCUCCUGCUCCUGCUUUAGAUUUGCCGCUCUCCUGUGUGCCCUUCCAAACAGACUACUGUCCCCAGCUAUGGGACGGAGCAGCUCUUGAACAGAAUACAUGCAUCACUAACCAGACUUACUUUCACACUAUGGAGGAGGAUCUUUCUGAAACACAUGUUAUGCUCGCUGAUAUCAAAUCAACCCUUGAACUUUCUGAGAGUCAACAGGAAUCCUGUAAUGUAAUAUGUGGAUAUAUCUCCAAUGAAGUUUUAUAAGACAGAGACCAAACUUGUUCCAUUAUUGUCUCAGUGCAGACACUGUACAUUGAUGCAUUGUUACUCAGUCUUACUAAAAUCUUCAGCUCUUCUAAUGUAUAUGUCUAUACUUUUUUAUGUACAUUCUAUUUGAACUUAUACAUAUUGUAAAUGUUUUCAGACUGUAUCAAAACAAUACUAAGGAUGAUAUAACUUAAAACUCAUCAGUGUUUUUCCCUGCAGCUUUGCAGUUAUAAAAACCACCCACUGCGGUUAGAAGUGAAAGUGUAGCUCCAGAGGAGGAAGUCAGACAACACACUGUGAGGUAACUUAAGUUCAACGUGCAGGAUGUGACUGAGUGCACUGAUAAGUUUGGAUUUUCUUCGCUUCAAUUAAAUUGAAUGGUGCUCUGAAUUCAAUUAUCAGCUUGUAGGAGCUGAUUUGUGCAGUAUGAAUGACAUAGUAAUAAUAAAUUAAUACAACAGUGAACAGAUGAUGGGGUUAACACUUCUAAGAAACAUUGAUAUAUGCAGUUCCUCUGGCUUAAUGUUCAUUAAUCUAACACUUCAAUAAUCUAACACAGAACUGAACUGGGCCCAAAGGCUUUUAAAUUUUCAGCCCUGUUUACCUGGAAUGAUGUGCAGAAGGACUUGAAACUGAUACAUCUUGUAACUCCGGGGGAAUUAAAGUCAAUCAGAAAAGAAAGAGAAACAAGCUCAAUUAGAUCUUGUGAUUGCACUGUGUAAUCAUGUAACCAUGUGAAACUGUAACCGUAUUCUAUUUGUGUUGU